GGACGAAGAAGAAAGAGAAGGAAGACGACGAUCAUACGCAACAACAAUACCACAAACCUCUAAAGUAAAGCUACAAGCUACGUUCUGCAGCGAGCUCGACAUUAUUGUAUAAAAGUGUGCGUUAAUAAUCAUUUAUAAUCUACGACAGUGUUCCUGUCAACGCUGUUGUUUCGGUAGCCAGCUCCGCGGCGAUCUUAGCUGGAAAUCAUUCCGACCAGCAAAAACAUUAACAGACUUUUGCCCUGACCGGCGGAGAAUCGGCACAAAAACCACAGUGGUUAUGGAAGUCGAUGAGUUGGAUACAAAAGCACUGUCACAUGAGGAGUCUGAGAUGGCGAUAGAGAAUAAGAGCAAGGCAGACUCUGAUGAAGAUGAAAGAGAUGACGAUGAUGAAAAUAUGUCUGAAUCUCCAUGCGACUCUGUCCCUUCCACACACGAUGCUCUCAGCAAGGCAACACACUGGGACAACUGUGACUCUGCCAAUUUAAUCAAAAAAGCAGUUGUGGUUUUGACCAGACUGCCUGAAUACAAAAUCAGCGCUCUGCGACCACCGACACCUCCGCAGUUCUACAGUGAAGAUGAAUCCCUCAGCAGCUCGGACUCGGAUAUAGACUGGGAAUCUGAAGAGGAUUCUAGUGAUUCAGAUUUUUUAGUUUUAAACAAUAAACACAAAACUUCUAAAACUGCAAAAUGCGAGACAACGCCGCCAUUAUGUGCAACCAGUAACAACAGCAAUGCUCACUCUUCUCGUGAAACUACUAAAGUCCGCCCUAACCUACCACAAGAAGAAAUCAAGGUGGACAUGAUGGUCAUAGCCAGGAGACGGCCUAUGAGGUGGCAACGGGGGAAAGUAGUUGAAAUAAUUACAAAGGAGGAUGGGCGCUUAAAGUACAAAGUUAGUUUUGAAGAAAAGGGGCGGUGUGUUGUAUCUGGACACCACAUUGCCUACGACACCAGGCCCAAGGUGGAGCAGCUGUACGUCGGCGCCCGCGUCGUCGUCCGGUGCCAAAAUAACAAGUUCAGGUUCCGACCUGGUAUUUUGUCUGAACUGCCCAGCAGAAGGAACCAGUUCAGGUUCUUGAUGUUCUUGGAUGAUCAUACACCAGUCUAUGUUGGACUACCUUUAUUUCAUCUGGUGUGCAGACCAUUGGAUGACGUUUUAGACGACGUUCCAGACGAACCUCACAGAUGUUUCAUGAAACAGUACCUGAAAGACUGGCCAUACCCUCGUUUAAACAAGUACCGGGCGGGACAGAGUUUUAAUGUAGAAUUAAACGGGACCCAGCAGAGGUCUGAGGUGCUGGCCAUCGACUGCAGCUUGAUGCAGGUGGUUUUUCAGGAAAAUCAACGAAGAGAGUGGAUCUUCAGGGGCUCCAUGCGAGUGGAGCACAUCGCACGGUUUUGGGAAGUGAAAGAAAAAGAAGAGGUCAUGGAUGACUCUGAUUCUGAUUAAUCCACAUUUGCAGCUAAACUGUAACGCUGCUGUGGAGAUUUUGAAAUGAAUGAAUUAAUGGAAUAUAGCUCAAUUAUUGUCCAGCACCUCAGAGAGGUGGCACACAGAAAUUUUUGGGGAAGCAUCUCAGCCCAAGUAAAACUUGGACUGGAACAUCUCAAGCGUAUUUGUUUUGUUUCGUCUUGACACAGGUUUUUUUUUCUUUCUUUUAAUAUUGAAUACAGAGCCUUUGUUUAAAGUUGGGUAAAGGACCAGGUCCUAAAUCCCUGCAUCCUUCUUCAGCUGAGUGUUGUGAAUGAGUUGCUUGGAAGCAGCUGUAAAAAUCUCCCUCCCAAUAGAGUUUUGAGUUGUGUCAUGUUCCCUAAAUGCAAACACUUGCUCACACACUUUGUUGUUCUUACAAUGUGUACUGUUCUCCUGAAUGUUGCGUUGGAUCUUCAACGUAUAUAGGGACGAUCAGUAAAUGAACUAUAGAAUUUACGUUUACUUUCAUAGUUUUGGUUAGAAUACCCAAAUUUCCGUUUUUUUCAAUGGUCAAACUGACUCGAAUUAGUUGCUUAUUUAAUUUCCAAAUAAAGUCCUUCAUUGUUGGGUAUAAAAAAAAAAAGAAAGAAAGAAAGAAUUAAAAAAACAAUGAAAAAAUUAUAAAAUGUUAAUUUAAAAUGUACUUGGAACAUUGAAUUAUGUCAGAGUAAAACAAGAACUUAUGGAUGUUAUAUUCAUCUGUGUUCAUAUUUGUGUUAUAAUGUGUGGAGUAGAGGUCGGUCAUCAGAGUUGUUCUUUAUCUUCCUGGAUUCAUGUGGCUUGCUGUCCAGUUGUAGCAUUUUCUUUGAUAAUUAUUAUUAUCAUUAGUUUCUUCUUUUUCUUGCUUUCAAGCCUGGAUAAAGUCCAAAUACUCCUUUGUGAAAUUAAAGAUCAAAAGUUUAAAGUUUUGGUUUGCCGGUUUCAUUUUUUAAUUUCUUUGUCAAAUAUGAUUUAAAGAUCACUUGUCAGUAUCUUCAAGCAAUUUUUGUUGAAAGAACUGUGCAUGAAUGAUGGAUCUUUUAUUCUUGAAUUACUAUGGUGUGUCCAUAUUAAGCAUCCUGAUAGUGCUGACAUGAAAACGUUUUUCAUUCAUUCUUAAGAUAAAACACUUUGAUGUAAUAUCCAACAUAGUUUCUUAUAAAUUAAUGUCUGUUGUCCUACAUUCAUCACUUAUCUUGAUUUAAUUUUUAAAGGUGUUUGUACGUUUGAGUCUGAGUUUACAAAAAUGUGUCAUCAGUUUGUUAAAACAUCUGUAUGUACCUGAAAACUCUGAUUUUAUUCUUCUGUUUUUUAUCAUCUGGCUUCUUUUUCAGUACUUAUGUUUGAACCACAUUUAUUUAUGAAAUAUGUGGUUUAACCGCUUCCAUUUGGAUCAUUGAAAAGGACCCCCAGCCCGAUUUCCACUGAUGUAAAGUCUAUUAAAAAGUAGU